AUGAAGUGUAAUGAAUUAAUAAAUAAAAUAUGUUGGGGAUUAAAAAUAUAUUUUGCAUAUGGAUUUUUAAUGUCAAUUUUCAUACAAAUUACAAUAUUAUUAAUUAUUAACGUUAUUAUUUUACCAAUAUAUAUUUUAUAUCGUCCAUUAUAUCAAUGGAUAUUUCAAAGAGUAACAGAAGUAUAUAUGAUGUAUUUUCCAUUAGUAUUUUAUUAUAUUAAUGGUAAUAGAAUUUAUGUCUCUGGAGAUAAAAUGAUUGAAAACGCUAAUGCCAUUUGGAUUAGUAAUCACAGUCAUUGGGUUGAUUUUGUUCCAGUUUGUUUAGUUGCUCCAAAAUGUGGGAGAAUUGGUUCAAUGAGAUAUUUUAUGAAAGAUGAUAUAAAAAAGAUUCCUUUCAUUGGAUUUGGUUUUUAUAUGAUGGAUAGUAUUUAUCUUAAAAGAAACUUUCAACUAGAUCAACAUCAUAUCAAUGAAACGUUUAAACGGUUUAGAAAUAAAUAUUAUCCUUUCUGGCUUAUUAUCUUCCCAGAGGGUACUCGUGCAAAACCUGAAAAAAUUGUUGAAGCACAAAAAUAUUGUUUAGAACAUAAAUUACCUAUUUAUAAGAACUUGUUAAACCCAAGACACACAGGACUUUUUGUUUCAUUAAAACAAUUAAGAAAUGUUGUUCCUUAUGUUUAUGAUAUUACUUUAGGUUAUCCAAACACUGUUAGUUUAGCUUCUUGUUUCUGUCCUGGUGAAGGUGUUAAUAUUCAUAUGAAUGUAAAUCGUAUUGACGUUAAAGACAUUCCUGAAGAUGAAAAUGAGUUUAAACAAUGGCUAAGUAAUAUUUGGAAACACAAAGAUGAACUAGUAGAUUAUUAUAAGGAAAAUGGUCAUUUUCCUGGACAUGAAGAGUUGUACCCAUUAAAAUUUACAUGGGCAGAUUUUACUAGUUAUAUGAGUCAAGAAUGUUUUUCAUUACCUUAG